AUGGCAUUAGAGGACGGCAUGGACGAGGAGCAAGGGAAGAACAGAGUAGAAUAUAAAGAAAGCAUGGCUGAACUAGUGAGAAGCGAGGCAAACAUGCAGGAGGAGCUGGAGGAGGAGAGAAGGACAAAGGGAGAACAAACACAGACACUUAAAGAAGAGACAGCUUCUCUGGGAAGACAGCUUCAAGAGUUACAAGAGAUGUUAAACAAACAGGAUGAGGUUAUUGAAGACCUAGAGGUAAAACUUGACACAAGUGACGAACUCCCCACUGCAACCGUGAACCAGGUAGAAGAACGGAAGGAAAUAUAUUGCACAAGGAAGGCAAGGGUGAAUAGGUUAGAGAGCAGAAUAGGAACGGUGGAAGAGGAAGGGAAGGCAACAAUGGAAGUGAGCAGGAGGAUAACGGAGGAGAUAAUUAAACCAACAGAGAAUUUCAUAUUAGCAAAAAUCCUAAUACUGGAGGACUUGAACCAGAGGGAAGUAGAUAAGAUAAUUACGGACCCCGACGGGAGUGAUGAGACAUGGAGAGCAAGACUGGUAGACAUGUCAGACCAACACUUCUUAAAGCAACACGUCAGAGAACCAACAAGAGUGAGAGGAGACGAUCCACCACCAACACAAGACCUGCUGCUCUCUCAACACGAAGCAGAUCUUGAAGACACAGAGCACGAGAUGCCUCUAGGAGCCAGCGACCACUGCUGUGUCACGCUGGAAUACAUAGUGCAGCUCAAGGUGUUGGUUAAAGGAAAUCCUUUGAAGAAGAAAAGAGAUUAG